AUGUCCCCUCAGGCCGUAUCUGUCUGGAUAACCAUCAGGAAGCGCGUUGGCGCGCCGGAACCUCCCCCAGGCCACUCUGAACCAUGGUGGGCCAAUCUCAUGCUUGGCAAGAAGAGGUGCCAGGUUUGCGGCUGCCUCAGCGUCAAUAAUGUCGACUGGCAACUGCUGAUGCGUGUUUGCACGCGAUGCAAGAAAAAACAUUUGCUCACGCCCAUCAAGUUCAAGAAGGAAUUCCCGGUCAGCGAUGCGUCUGUGCUUAAAUUGGUAUUGUAUACGAACGUGGGCGGGCACUCUCAUGGUCAUGGAAGCAAUACCAGGUUCUACUGGAGAGAGGACGUUGAGCGCAUGCUCGAGAAGAUCGCUAGCUAUGAGAAGGAUAUCUCUGAGAAGAAGUUUGCCUCAGACACCGCAUACGAGGCAUUCCGGCAGCGGCGAGUCGAGUACGUGUCGGCGGUGGCCAGGCUUUGGCUGCAAUGGGCCAGUUGGGCUAGCGAUCAUUCCUGGGAAAAUUUCCGCGAUGGCGAACGGCUAGCCGAGUUGCGCAAGACGGCCAUCAAAGAGAAGCUCCUGCAGCUCGGAUACGACGAGCGCGACAUCAGCAAAGCCUUGAGAAGUUCCCAGAUGACUGUCGAGAAGAAAGAGCUCACAGACCUAGCAUGGAAGAAAAUACGCCCGAAAUGGGAGGAGGAAGUCAACAACCAGCGUCGAGACCGCCUUGACCGCGAC